CUCACUCCGUUUUUGUUCAAUACAAGCCAAUCCAGGUUAUAUCAACCACCUCCAAGUGCAUAUUCCAUACGCGCCAGGGAGGUUUCGUUGAAUUGACUCAAUAUAGCCUCAAUAUGCGUCCAGGAUCUCUAUUGGUGCAAUUGGCUUUGGCCUCAUCUGCCCAUGCCUUCUUUCCUUAUAGUCCGAGCUGGCGUGUCGAUGUAGGACAAAAGCGUAUGGCACGAAGUCCCAAGAGUGUGGGCAAUGGUGGUGGCGUGCGUAUGGAUAUCAAGCAAAGAUCACCUCAGUCCAGCCAACCGAUAACUGAGAGAGCAGCUCACGAAGCAGCACGAUUGAUUGCCAAAUAUGCCGGAGGAAGCAUCCCUGACCCCAGUACGCUGCUCAAGCGUGAUAACAAAUACGAUGUCAUGGAGGCCACAGAAUCGACAAAGGAGCACACUCAGGGUGUUGACCAGGACGGAACUGACUAUUCAUACUUCAUCGAGGUCGAGAUUGGAUCGGAAAAGAAGACAAUGUACAUGCUUAUCGACACUGGCGCUGGAUCAAGUUGGGUUAUGGGCACUUCUUGUACCAGCAAAGCGUGUGAGAUGCACAACACAUUCGGCGAAGGCGACUCGGACUCUCUCGAAGUGUCAAAAUCCGACUUCAACAUUGCAUACGGCUCUGGAAAGGUCUCUGGUACCUGGGCAACCGACACAAUCACUGUGGCUGGCAUGAGCAUCAAGUAUCAGUUCGGAUUGACGCAUACGACUUCGGACCAGUUCCUCGAAUUCGCUUUUGACGGCAUUCUUGGUCUCGCCAUUAACAAAGGAUCCGACAGCAACUUUCUCAAUGCCCUGGCCAAGUCCAAGGAAGUCGAAAAGAACAUGUUCUGCGUUGCUCUGAACCGUGCAGCUGACGGUACAAACGAAGGAGAAAUCAGCUUUGGCUCACCGAAUCCCGACAAGUAUUCCGGCAAGAUCACGUAUACUUCCAUUGGCGAAGACAAUGACUGGGCUAUUGAGAUCGACGACAUGGGCUACAACGGCAAGAAGGCAGAUAUCGGUGGCAUCCGCAGCUUCAUCGACACUGGAACAUCUUUCAUGUUUGGAUCACCGGACAACGUUAAGAAGCUCCAUGCUCUUAUCGACGGAGCCCAGAGCAGCGAUGGCACCACAUAUACUGUACCUUGCGACAGCAACGGCAACUUGACCGUGACUUUCUCUGGAGUCGACUAUGUCAUUUCACCAAAGGACUGGGUUUCCCCUCCCAACAAAGAUGGCAAAUGCACCAGCAACGUCUACGGUUUCGAGGUUGUUAAGGGAGCGUGGCUCCUGGGCGAUACCUUUAUCAAGAACGUCUACGCCGUUUUUGAUGCGGACGAGCGCCGAAUUGGCUUUGCUACCAACGCUAUCACAGAUGGCUCAAGCGACGACAGUGAAGACAGCAGCUCUUCAACAAAGACCAUGACCGCCAGUCAAGCGACCAAAACGUCUGAUGACACCGAAGAGACUGGCAUCACAACAACCUCUGGAUCAAAGGCAAGUGCAGUACCAGAUAUGGGUCUAGGCAAAGAAUCUGUCUCAUCUGGCACUGCCACUGCUGACUCAAGCGAGCCAACCGAAACAAAAGACUCCUCAGCACCUUCAGGGCCAUUAUCACAAGCCCGCUUCACAUUCAUUUUCUGUAUAGUAUCAUUUUUCGCCCUCCUGGCCUAGAAAGAGUCAGAUGAGCGGCACUACAUUCUUUUUAAUACCCAGAUACAAUCGUUAGAAGCGCAGAGAAGCGCGUAUACAUAUUUUGAGAGCUGCAUAGAACACGAAGAUAUCGUGCGAGGGGAUACGAGGACAGAGAGCUCAUAGCAUGGGAUGACAAGAUGUGGUUCGAGCUACAACGAUACCCGAUCGAGCAGAGGAGAACAUGACGGGUCUCUACAGAUGGCAGAUGAAGCCAUGCUAUAAGUAUUUUUUAGUAGACAUAGACCAUCAACGCCAAUAGAAACAUUGGAUGGACUGAA